UUGUUGGCCUUCGCGGCUUGUUCGCGGCAACGACGCUGGCGUCAGGUCUCUCGACGAAGUGGUUGUUGCGCGGUGACUUUAAAACUAUCAGGAGUUAUCAGUAUUGCAAAUCUUCCCUGGAUUGAGGCUUGAGAGCAUGGGCGCUUACGCAUUGUUGCGAUGGAUAGAAGAGCCACCUAAGUGGGAUGUAGUUCCUGUGAAGGAUGUCAAGGGUCCUUUGGAAGAAGGGGCACGUGUGGAAGCUAAAUUUGAACGGGACAUGUUCCCAGCGAUCAUAGUGAAACUUGGCUCACAAGCUGUGCUGAACAAAGCCAUCCUCACCAUCAUUGAUGACCAGCCACAGCAGUUGGCUCACAAGAGUGAUAUGCUGAAUGAACAGAGCUCUUCAGUGGAGAAAGCUGAGAAGAAGAAAAAGACCGGGAAGUCUGCGGUAAAAGAAAACGAACGAGCCAGGUCAAAAGCUGUCCUGGAACUGCUGGAUGCAGAUGAGCCCGCAUCAUCAGCCUCCAAGGGGGACGCUCUCGUCAACUGGGAGAGCACUUGACAGGGGGAUGUUCAUGCGAGCUGGCGGAGAACUCGUCAGGAGGACGGUCUGGCCAGCUGACGGAGGACCCGUUAGAGGGAUGUUCCGGCCAUUCUGCCCGGGGAGCAGCGGCUGGGUGACCUGAGCCGUUUGACGAUAUUGACAUAGAUGACAUUGUUUCCGGAGGUGAGUGUGACGAAGAGCUAAAACCAGGCGACGAAGCGGUAGUUCAGUCGAUAACCAAGCUGCUUAUGGACCGCUUCGGACAGAAGAAGAGCGAAAGCGAAAGGCGUAAAGUAUCAGAUGUGCUAAAAGUACCAAUUCCUUCCCCGAGGGAGGUCAAGCGAAAAGUAAAGUGUCAGAGAUCUACGAUACUUACCAGUUCCCCUACGAAGCGGAGGCUUGAGGAAAAGGAAAAGAAUGCACGGCCAGCCAAGAGGCAAGCAAAGAAGCGGACGGGAAGAAAAGAAUGAGAAAGAACAGUCUUAGCGUGAAGGAGGCUCAAGAUACGUGCAUUUUCUGCGGAGAAGGUGUAAGAGGCCAGAAUGAGCUCUGGCUUCAGUGUCAGGCCUGUCAGAAUUGGUGUCACGAUGCUUGCUCGCAGGGAUAUUCCAGCGCGGGAUUUGUCUGUGAUUUUUGUCGUUGAGUACAUCACGAUAUUUGUUCUCAGGGAAGUUCGAGCGCAGGAUUUGUCUGUGAUUAUGUCGUAGGUAAGUACAAAGAGUCAUAGGUGCCUACACCUACUGGUUCAUUGAUGAGAUGUGUUUCAUAGUUUUCAUCCCUCUUAUUUUUGGUUCAUUCAUGCUGGUUCAUUCAUUGUAGUGUGUCGAGCCUUAUUCGACUGACAGUCGUGCUAAGUCAUAAGGACACUGCAGGCUUUCAGUGAGUAUUGGACCAGUAUUCACUUAUUGUAGCUUCGCGUUUUACGUGUUUGAAGUUACGGUGUUCGCCCAAUUGGAAGGAGGAUGGGAAUACAUCUGUUUUUAAGCA